AUGGCGCGGAACACUCGGUCAUGCCUGGUGCUGCUUGUCGUCGCGGCGAUAUGGUUCCAGUCACGGACGUUUACGGCUCCCGGACGGCCCCUGAAGGCACGGGUGCGUCGUGCCGCAGAGGCUGAAACCGUUGCACCGCCUACAACUGCUGAGGAAGCAGCCGAGCCUCGUCGCGUGCUGCUGGUCGUUUCGGAUGCCAACCCCUACCUGUCGGAGCCAAGCAAGGCCGCGCUGCGCUACGCAUCCAAUGUGGGAAACGACGGGCAUGUAACUGCCAUGCUGCUACCCUUCGAUGAGGAGAACACAAACACAACAGCUUUGCAGUCGACAGUCCAAUGGUGGUUUGGCGAAUGCGGCCUCACUGAUGAGCAGUUCGAGGAGCUGCUUCCUCCAGCAGAUGCUGCCCCGGCCGCUGCUAUUGCCGAUGCUGCGGAGCAAUUGGGUUCGACGGAGGUGGUGGUGCCAGCGGAGGCUGUGGCCAAGAAGAGGCUUGAUGCGCCUUUGCUGGCGACUUUCCUUGGCUGUCCUUUGGUGAUUGUGCCGGAGUAG